UGUGAGAAAGUGUUUUGUUUUUAUUAGCGGAUUUUGGUUUGUAUAAAUCACACUUUUCCGACGCUCUGGCAGGUUCGGUGGUACUGGUUAUCACGAGUUGUUUUAAUUUAGAUCGCUAGCCAGUCUGUGUAUACACUCUGCCCCGUACGGUAAGAGUGGAAAUCGAAGUUCACGAUAGUGCGUAAGUUUGAUAGCAGAAGAUAAAUGUUGUGCUUCGAAUCGGUUCGAGUCGAAAUGAGAUGCCUCGGACGUCAGGUGUAACAAUUUGCAUAUGACCUAUUUAGUUUAGACCUGCCCGGUUGGGUGUGACUGAUCCGGCUGGAUAGGAGCUGGAGCUUGUAGUGUUGAAAGCCUGCCAAGAAAACGAGGACGGGAAAUGAUUCCCUGGAUGCGGGAAAAGAUUGCCGAACGAAAGGCCCGCUGGCAGCAGUCCAGGAAGCAGCAUCGGGACGCGGCUUCAGCGAAUAACGCGGCUGGCGAAGGAACUAGUGCUUCUUCGGAUAGUGCGAAUUCGUCCCCUGCUGGAUCAGGUAGUCGAACAAGCGUGGCCAGAGGUUUUCGAUUCUCCAGCAAGCAUCAUGGCCAGCAGCAGCAGCAACAACAACCACAGCAGGCUUCAACUUCCGCGGAUCGAUCAAAGCCAUGCGGCAGCAGCAUCCCCAGUACAGCUGGUUGUAGUUCCAUCAUUACCGCAGCCUCCAGCGAUGAAGAGCCGCUCUCGUCCCGUCAGCACCUGAUCCCGCUGCGUAUUAUCAGUCCCCGUGGUGGAAUUGUGUGGCUCGAGGCCACCCACGACUGCAGUGGGAAAACGCUACGUGUUCAGGCCCUGGAACGCUUUGCCAGCUGUUCGUUUUCCCUGCCGCACUUUUCUUCCGAUCUGGACGAAUUGGUUGCCCGGUACAAGCUGAUAAGGGCCCACAAUCGGAAAGUCUUUCACGAUGACGACACGCUGGAGCAGCAAGGUGUGCGUACCGAAGAAGAGAUGUUGCUAGUGGUCAAACGCACCGAUUUUAUUCCCGCGGAGGAAAACCUGAAAGGGCCAACUGUAUCCGAAGUACUGGCAGCAACAAAACAUAUUCCACUGUCCAAAACUGCCCCUUCAACCAACAACAUCAACAUGGACCUGCUGCACAAUGAUUUGCAGCAAGAUCUGCGCCGAAUAUUAAUUUCACUAGCACGAUCUUCGGCUUUUGUGAUAGGCUCGGGACCAUGCGCUGACAAGUUGAUCGCACUGUUCCGGCAGCGGUUGGUCAACCGUCGGAAGCAUCAAGUGCGCUCGAUCGAAACUUUACUGGAAAUGGGAUUUUCCCUGGACAAAAUACACCAAGCGUUGGAGAUUACCAAAAAUAUCUUUCCCGCGGCCUUGGAUUGGCUAAUCCAGAACGACAGCUCGGUGAAGCUACUUGACUGUGAUACGCUAAGCUCUACAACGAUAGUUUCCGGGACCGCCGGCAACGAAGCGACCAGCAGCGGCGGUGGAGAACAAAACGGCACUAGUGUUCCUACGCGAUCGAAUCAUUCGGAGCGACGAAACAAUGAACAAUCGAAAAAUACCUCAACUGAUACUUCCUCGAGAAGUCCCAGUCCGGUGCGGCUGGAGGAUGCAAUCGAGCAGCAAGAUGUGCUGGACGGUGGACCAAGCGAAGCGGUUCGUUUUCAGACGAAGGUUGAAAACGUCGAAAUUCUGCUAGAUGUUAUCCGCCAGUACUCCGAUCGAGACGUUUUUCCUGCGCCGGAAAUGGUGGCUUCCAUCGUGGAGAUGGGUUUUAGUGAGAAGAAUGUACGCGAGGCGCUCGUUGUGACUCGUAACAAUCAUGCUGCUGCUUGCGAAUGGUUGCUGGGCAAUCGAAGCAAAAGUUUAACCGAGCUACGCGACGGAUUGUCAUCCGAUUCCCCUAUACUGCAGGUACUGCUUGCUUCGCCUCAAGUACAAAUUAGUUUAGGCAAUCCUAAGAUGUUUAUCGCACUACUCUCGAUGCUGGACAACUCGUCAACGAUGACGAUGUGGCUUAGUGACAACGAUACCUCUGCUGUUCUCGGACACAUUCUACGGACGUACCACGAGGAGAAACACAUAGUGGCAAUCAACCAAUUUAGCAAUGCACAAAGCUUUAACUAAUUGCAGUUUAGAGAUGCAUCGAUAUCUACUACUUGUAUAUUUGGCAGACGAAUGUUGCUCGAUCAAAAUUUUUAUAGACACAACGCUAAAAUCAAAAAACAAAAAAAUAUUUACCGAUUCGCAAACGAAGUAAACAUUUUAACGGAUACAGAUAAACACUCUAGAAUUUGCAAACAGUUCCAGUAACAGCUUAGAGGCCAAUUUUGCGAUACAUGUUCUAAUACAUAUGCUUCUUGGAUUUUUUUCUCAGAAUAUAGCGUACGCAAUCAAAUCGCAAUUUCUAGAUAAUGCUUAUCCUAAUUGCUGUAUCGAUUCAUUUCGUUCGUUUGAAAGAUGUAGUAUUAUCGAUACAAACUCGUGAACAUGGACGAAUUUAAGUUCCAGCUUCUAGUUGCGGUACGCUAUGAUAUACUAUUUUUUUUAUCGUGCGUUUAAGGUCAAAUCAAGUUGGAUGUACAGACGACAAAUUUAGAGAAAACUAUAUUCAAGAAAGCAUUACAUUGCAUUGUGAUAAAAUUUUAAAGAUUAAUAAUAAAAAUCAUUUCAACAAGUGCUUAUGGUAAAAACUAAA